GGCGGGGCAGCGCAGUUCCCGUCUGCGUGGCUGCGGCCUUCACCGAGCGGGGGGGCGGGCCCCGGCCCGGCCCCGCGGGACCAUGGACCCGGCCGAGGCCGUCCUGCAGGAGAAGGCGCUCAAGUUCAUGCCCCGAAUACACAUGCCAAAAGAUGGAUUCCAACUUAUAUCUUCUGGAUACCAAGCAUGGCUAAAGCAGUGCUCUAUGCCCAGAUCUCUGUGGCUGGGCUGCUCCAGCCUGGCGGACAGCAUGCCCUCGCUGCGAUGCCUGUAUAACCCAGGGACUGGCGCACUCCCAGCUUUCCAGAAUUCCUCUGAGAGAGAAGACUGUAAUAAUGAUGAGCCCCCUAGGAAGAUCAUUCCUGAGAAGAAUUCACUUAGACAGACCUACAACAGCUGUGCCAGACUGUGCUUAAACCAGGAAACAGUGUGUCUAGGAAGCACUGCUAUGAAGACUGAAAAUUGUGUGGCCAAAACUAAACUUGCCAAUGGCACUUCCAGUAUGAUUGUGCCCAAGCAAAGAAAGUUGUCUGCAAGCUAUGAGAAGGAGAAGGAACUCUGCGUGAAGUAUUUUGAACAGUGGUCCGAGUCUGACCAGGUGGAGUUUGUGGAGCACCUCAUCUCCCAGAUGUGUCACUACCAGCAUGGACAUAUUAACUCAUACCUCAAACCCAUGUUACAGCGGGACUUCAUCACUGCACUGCCAGCUCGGGGAUUGGAUCACAUUGCUGAGAACAUUCUGUCAUACCUGGAUGCCAAAUCAUUGUGUGCUGCUGAGCUGGUGUGCAAGGAGUGGUACCGGGUGACGUCGGACGGCAUGCUGUGGAAGAAGCUCAUCGAGAGAAUGGUCAGGACAGACUCCCUGUGGAGAGGGUUGUCAGAGAGGAGAGGAUGGGGGCAAUAUCUAUUUAAAAAUAAACCUCCUGAUGGAACUGCUCCACCCAACUCCUUCUACAGAGCACUUUAUCCCAAAAUUAUACAGGACAUAGAGACAAUAGAGUCAAACUGGCGGUGUGGAAGGCACAGUUUACAGAGGAUCCACUGCCGAAGCGAGACAAGCAAAGGGGUUUAUUGUUUACAGUAUGAUGAUCAGAAGAUAGUGAGUGGCCUACGAGACAAUACUAUCAAGAUCUGGGAUAAGAAUACAUUGGAAUGCAAGCGAAUUCUCACCGGACACACAGGUUCUGUCCUGUGCCUCCAGUAUGAUGAACGGGUGAUCAUUACUGGAUCUUCAGACUCAACAGUCAGAGUGUGGGAUGUGAAUGCAGGCGAGAUGCUGAACACACUGAUCCACCACUGCGAGGCCGUGCUGCACCUGCGCUUCAAUAACGGCAUGAUGGUGACAUGUUCCAAAGACCGUUCCAUCGCCGUGUGGGACAUGGCUUCGCCAACGGACAUCACCCUGAGGAGGGUGCUAGUAGGGCACCGAGCUGCUGUCAACGUAGUGGACUUUGAUGACAAGUACAUUGUAUCAGCAUCAGGUGACAGAACUAUAAAGGUAUGGAACACUAGUACCUGCGAAUUUGUGCGCACCUUAAAUGGCCACAAACGAGGCAUUGCAUGUCUGCAGUACAGAGACAGGCUAGUAGUGAGCGGCUCUUCAGAUAAUACUAUCAGGCUGUGGGAUAUCGAGUGUGGGGCAUGUUUACGAGUACUGGAAGGCCAUGAAGAGUUGGUGAGAUGCAUACGCUUUGAUAACAAGAGGAUAGUCAGUGGGGCAUAUGAUGGGAAAAUUAAAGUAUGGGAUCUUGUGGCUGCUUUGGACCCCCGUGCUCCAGCAGGGACCCUCUGCUUGCGAACCCUUGUGGAGCAUUCUGGAAGAGUCUUUCGACUUCAGUUUGACGAGUUCCAGAUUGUCAGCAGCUCACAUGAUGACACCAUCCUCAUCUGGGAUUUUCUGAAUGACCCAGCUGCCCAAGCAGAAUCCACUCGUUCCCCGUCCAGAACAUACACCUACAUCUCCAGAUAAAUAACACUACACUGUACCUCACACUCGCACAGGACUCAUUUAAGCUGCAGUAUUUAAAUGCCAGGACAAAAGAACUAUCCACGUAACCAAUACUUGCUGAAGAGAGAGGCUCUCAGACUUGUUUCUGGAACAAAGUUGGCAUGCGGUUGAUCUCAGACAGGGUCUACUCAGCGCGGCUGACUGCUAAAGUGCUGCUAUAUCAGAAGAUGACUUUUAUCUUUCAUGAACAGUUAACAUUUUUAAACCUUCCCAUCCCUCUCCUCCCUGAUCCCCCUCUUCAUGUUCACUCUGCUUCCCUUUACCCUGUUUGGUUCCCCUCCAAACCCAGUCACAGAUGUCCUAUGAAUAUAUUUAAGAUGUUGCCAGAAUGUGUUGCUUUGCUGUUAAGCAGAAGACUUAUAGCCACAGCACAUCCUGCUGAGAGUUACUUCAGGGUGGGUGUGAGGGUGGGUGGGGAGAAGGCUGCUACUGUCGGACUGAAAUCAAUAUCCAUUGCUAGGCCUUUGAAAAAGCAUUGAGCUCUGAAGAGCAACAGAAACAAAGCAGCCAGACUAUCACCCUCCCCCCCAAACCCGGCUUCCCUGUGGCUUUUGGCUGUUCUGACUGCAGACUUAUUUUUUUGUGGAGAGAGGACCCUUGAAAUUUGACUAUUAUGAACCAAACCAAUUUCUUUCCUCUCCUGCCUGCUAUGCUAACCCUUUGGAAGCUGGAUGUGUAUUGUAGUCUCCCUUAACAUCUACUCGUUUGGGGAAUGCUAAUCAAUGAAAAGUUAAGCUCUAUUCUGCCAAAGUCCCAAGCAUGAUGGGCUGGGGCUGAGAUCCUGUCCACCCCUACCCCAGGUGAAAUGUUGGCCCAGGACAGUAUUUCACUAGCAAAGAGAUUGCGUGUACCAUCUUCCUCCUGCUGUUCUCCCUGAAGACAGUAUGUUGCUGAUGACUUAUGAAUUAUUCUGUAAAUUGGAGAAAGUUUGAGGCUGUGGUGAGAAGGAAAGCUGGACAUUGCUCUUUUCUUUCCAUUCCUUCUCCCCUCAGAAAGGCUGUAGCUGGGUGCUGGAAGAGGGAGCUGCUAAAAACCUUGUGAAGCUCUCCAGAGCCAUCCUAGAGUGGAGACACUACACAAACACUCUGGCCAUUACAAUAAGACUUUGCCUCCCUUGAAUGAGCAAAUGCACAGUCCUCUGGAGAUGGCAGAUUGGUAAAAUGAGUGUGGCCAUGAGGACAAUCAUUGAAUUUAGCAGUGACUUGAGGCCGGUUCUGCAGCAUUUCUGGGGCUAGCCUUGCUAGAAGGCAUUUGGAAGGAGAGCCUGUGGUGUGCUUGUCUAACCUGCAUGCAUGCUGCACUGUGAUUUAGGGAUGUGGGCUGAUUAGUCCUUUUGCUGAUAGCUGUGAUGAAUCUUUGCUUUCUAGCUGAGACUUUUGCAAAAUCUGAUUGUUUAGAAGAUAAAAAUAGCCUUGAAGAGAAAGGACAUGAGAAACAAUUCUGCAUGUCUCUGAACUAGACAGAAGUCCAAGGGAAAACAGCUGUCUUCACAGAGCUGGAAGGAAUUGCAGCAGGCCUGCAUUUAGAUCAGGAAAGACUGUGUAAAUCAGCCCCUGGCCAUUCCAGUUUUGUGCCCAUAUCUCCUGCAUGUCUGAAAUAACCUCUACUGCCUUAGUAGGGAGUUGCUCCAAUCCUACAGUAGGAAAUUGAUGCCCUUUAUCUCUGAGCUGAAGGGGUUUAAACAGGCUUUGUUAACACACUCUGAACUUGGGAGAUGGGAUUUUUUUUUUAAGCUAUUCUCAUCAGCUUCACUUAGCUGGGGAAGCAGUUGCAUUGUCUCUAAUUGCUUGGGAUGCGCAUUUUCCACCAAUGAAAUUUAGCAAGGAGCUGGACCAGGAGUCCCCAAAGAGCAGUCCAGAGAAUUUGAAUAAUUUUGGUGACAGCUAAGACAGACAAGAAGGUGAUGGAGUUACGAAGGAAGGAAAAGCUGGUGCUUGGGGAAUACCUAGAGCAGUUUCUAAGGCAUGUGGGCAGCAGUGUUGAGCACUCAGUUCCCUGUAUUUUCAUUGAGCCUAGAGACUACAUCAGCUCUAAAGAGCAUCUCAAAGCCUGUGAUGACACUCCUAUUUUUGAACUACUGCUGUGAGAGUCAAACAGGUUAACAAGUCUGUUCAGGUAACACUGGCAGAGUGACUUACCUCUGCAGAGUCAUAAAAGUUCUGAGUCACAAUGAUAAGUUCAUCCACAACUAAUUUUGGCACUACUUUUUAAGCCCAGGAAGGCUGUUUGGGCUUUCAGAUAGCUCCACAUAUCAUGAAUACUGCAGUCCCAAAGCCAAAAUGGCAAGGGAGCAGAGAGAAUCAAAGUUUACAUCCCAAACUUUGCUGAGUUCAAGUUCUGAGUCUUAAUGCUAUUUGAACACUGUCCCUCUAAGUUCAGGUAUUACCAGGUCUGCAGCAUGGUUGCAUGUCAGCAGGGCUUUAUAUGACCUUGGCUGUAGAUUUAAUAAUUAUUUUCCUCAUUUUGGUUAUCCUCUGUCUUUUACAUUUGGGUUACUGUAGAAAACAAUGAUCUGUUUCUCCAGCCACUGAAAGCUGCAGAACUUUUUAAUAUUUUAAUUGUGUCUUUGUGACCAGCAUGUACAAGGAUGCAUUUUAUUUUGCUAAUUGAGAGAAUUUGGGAGAACUGGAAGACUGGCUGACCAAACAGAGACAACACCAUUGUAGAUUGUCCUUGGUUGUCAUAGCCCUGCUGCUCCAUGCUGCUAUUCUCUUGGGUCUUCAAGUGGUACCGUAGUUUGUACUCUGCUGUAUAGAGCUUUUUAAGGUACAUUUAGCAAGCAACUGCUGAAAUCCAUUUUUGGCACAUGGUAAGAAAGGUGUUUUACCCUCAAGAAGGGACUGUAUGGGAGUACUUCACACAGAACCCCAGAGGGGCGAGGAUUCCUACCCCACUCCCCGAGUUGUAAAAAUUUUCUCAUGGCUUAAGAAGGAAACUGAAGUUAACUGAUCUAACUUGAACUUGAAACUGCCACAGCCUGACAUUUGGUGGUGUUUAUUGUGCACCCCAGGAGGAGCAAUUUGGUAAGUAGAUCUUCCAAUGUCAGAAGAAUGUGGCUUUUUCAAACUUCCUCCCCUUCCCUUAGGAUAUGUGUGCAUGUGUGUGUGAGUGUGCAAGAGUACAUGUGAGAGAGAGGUUUCAGCAUGAACUGGAUGGAUAAUCCCUCAGCCAGAUUGGAGUAAUUGCAGAGUUUAUAAUGAAAAUAACUAGAAUUUGCCUGCUGAAAGGAGAUUAAAAAGGGCUGGAAGUGUCUGUGGGCUUUAAGUGUUGCACAUCGCUUUGAAAUGAAAUACCUCUGCUGCGUAGAGAUUGGCACUUCUCCCAUAAGUUGGAAGCUCACAUGAGCCUUCCACCUUGAACUAUGGGAUGGAAAGUACUGGAGGUGUGGGACAUUCAGAGCAGGACAAUCUGUUAUGGCCACACCAUCUCCUGCUUGUGAAUCCUUUGCAGUAGAGCACAGUUUUGCUGCGAAUAUUUCUCGUCCUAGGAGGAAUACAGCUUGCUUUCAAAUAUGCAAAUAGAAAAUGGCAUGAAGGAAUUUGCAGUGAGAUAACUCCUACAGCUGUCUCCUCUGGAGCAGCUCCCUCUGCUCCCUGUUAACAUUCAAGGACAGACACAUCCACUGUUGGAAUGGAAGAAUUCAGAUGACAAGUUGAGAAGUCUGUGUUCAUCAGAAACAUUGAAAUGCUUUACACUUGUUUCUAAACUGGAAGCUGACUUGGACCACCAUGCUCUACCUACCCACCACCUGCUCCUGCUCCAAAGGAUCCUUUUUUCUUUUUCUUCAUUUUUUUUGAACACUGAAAAAGCUGGAGAGUAUCAUGUGCAUUUCUCCACUCCCAGGUAUGUGUAUCUGCCCCUUCCACAUGUUCCUUCCUCAGUCUGAGCAGAGCUCCAGGCUUGGUUCUGAGUUUCUGGCAUCCUGGCUCCAAUGGGAAGCACAUAUCCAGGUUGGGCUCUUGCAUGACUUCCUUUAACACCAUUUUAGAUCUGCCUUGUAUGGCUGAUUAUUCCUAAAUUCACUGGGGAGGAGCAGUAUUUGCGUUUGAUAAAUUGCAAAUACUGGCAGCUCUUCGUAGCUAGAGAAGUGGAUAAGAAGGAACAGCCAGCCUUCUUACUGCAGGCUUGCUCUUAGUUGUGGGAGAAAAAGGAGAUGAAAAGUGGUGGAAAACUAGGGGGAACGUGGGGAUAGAUGGAUCUCUACAAAAGUGGGGACAGUGCUGAAAAUAGAUCUUUUGGCUUGUGCAGUUGAAAGACUUGGAAGAACAGAGGUUUUCUAUGAGAACAUCAGAAGUCAUCAGGAGGUGAUCAAGACCUCCUAUUGUUGAACUUGUCGGUUGAUGCCCCUUUUAGGAUGCAUUGGAGGCAUGAGGAGAAAGGAAUGGACUAACCUGCACUUGCCAGGAGAAGAAUGAGCUUUGCCAGGGUCUCCAAGUGGCAUGCAUGAUGCAUCUGACAUGCUGAGCUUUGCCCUACUGUUCCUCCCAAAGCAAUAAAGCAUCAGCUUCCCAGAAGGAGGGGGGAAACAGCAAGUGACCCAGAUGUCCUCAGAGAUGGUCUCCAUAUGAAAUCCUUCUGUCCUGCUGGCAAAUCCCUGCUGGAUUGAUUGACAUGAGGGAGUCACAGUCUUUCUGCCCUCACUUUUAAUUCAGAGACUCACAGAAGCAGCAGGUCCCUUGGGUGUGUUCGUUCUCCACACCCCAGCAGUGGGUUGAGACGUACAGCUGCCUGCUGAGGCUGAGCAUUUGGCUUCCCCUCCUUUGCCCCCUUACCCCUUUUUUUUUUUUAAUGAGGUAUAGCCAAACUACUGGCAAAUCCCCAAAGCAUCUCUCUCAGGUAGAGCCUAGGCACACUGCCAGAAACUUUUCCCAUUACUUAGUGCUUGUUCCCAAAGUGUUGGGAUUCCACAUUUCUUGUCCAGCAGAUAUCCCAUGGGAGUUGGCAACACUGGUUAAUCCUUAGUGAUAUUAAACUGAUACUUUCAAAAUCAGAGGGAUACUGAUGUACAUGGAUGUGCAACAAGCCCUUUAGAUAUUAUAGCCAGCUCCUAAACAAGUUCAUUUUUUUAAUAGCCUAUCACCCUAGAAGAUAUCCUGAUUUCUGCUCAAGCAGGAGCCAAGUGCAGCUAUGGCCAGAAAAUCAGCAGGACAUACCAGUCUUUGUCACAGAGCAGCUCUGCUCAUACCUGCACAAUGAAUUUGUUGCCUUCACAGGCAAAGUGUUUUAACCUGCUGGCACUUAAGCAUUGGUUUACAUCUGAGCAAAACUCCACAUGCAGGAGGCAGGGCAGCCUGUCCCAGGCUGCUUGCAGUGGCUUUUACAAGGAGCUAGCUGUGAGAAUUUUUGGGCAAUUCAAUGUGAAAAUAUGGAGCUGCUUUCAAGUGUAGAACUUUGCUUUCAGCUACUUUGUCUAUACCACGUGAGACAUUGCAGGGCUCAGCCUAGCCACAGUUUUAGCAUGGCAGAAAAAUAAUGUGACCUCAGCAAAGUGUAUUGUCCCCUUUCUCCCCAUCAUCUUACAUCACUGUGUUUAGGAGAGUUACCUGCCUGCUGCAUCAUUCCUGCCUGCUCAGGCUGAGGUGGGUGUGGAAGUGGGAGAGGUGAGAAAGAACAUGGUUUCUCCAGAGUUUUCUGUUUGUUACUCUGCUAUAUUUGUUAUCUGGAUUCUUAAGUAAUGAGUGCUUUGAAUUUUGUGAUUAUGUUACGGUGAUGUGUAGUUAAUGUACUAAUGUUCACUUGAGCUAGGAUCAUGGUAACAGUGUGGUUUGUUUUUUUUUUUUUUAACUGUUCAGAAAAUAACUUAAAUACAACUACAAAGAUUAAGCUGUGAA